CAAGUUAUAAAUAUUAAAGCCUAAGUGCAUAGGGGGAGUGUGUGUAUCAAAUUUUAGACUAAAUUUAUUCCAACCCAGUUUGGCACACACAACUCCCGAUGCAUUCAAGCUUCACUCACACAAAUCAGGGAAGUUAUUUGGUUUUACAGUGGUAGGUGCCUGUUUCAGAGACUGGUGAAUGACUUAACAACAAUAAUUAGCAUAUUUAUAUAACACAUUGUUUAUACGUGGGGUUUGGAUUCUAAGAGGCAUUAAUAUCAUUUCCUGAACAGGAGGGAUUCCUGGAAGUAUGAAGCAAUGGUUUGUUUGGCAUUUCCCCUCCAUUCGAGCUACUUCUGUGGGUGUACUCGGGGUCUCAGAUGUGCAAUCCUGCCCAGAGAGAGCAGUUAUUUUCUUCCAUCUUCCUCUCAUCUCUGGAAGCUCCAUCAGUACUGGGAUAGGCAGCAAUUAUUCCAAUCUCCCGUUUGCCUCGAACCAGAGCAGCCCGUCCAGCGCCUUCCCCAGCCCCGCGGAGCACGGCGGUGACAGCAGCCUGCUGGUGUCCCCACUGCUGGUGGCAGGGGUGGUCAUCGGGCUGGUGCUGUCCCUGUCCUGUGCCACCAUCGUGGUGGGCAGCCUGCGCAAGGACAGCCGGCUCGGCCAGCCGCACCUGCCCAGGGAGGCUGCGGACGCUCCGGAUGGUUUCUCUCACGGCUCCUCUGCAGAGCUGAGAUCCACCUGCAGCGAGGAGUUCCCCCCUGCCUGUGAUUUUGACUCCUAUCUGGAUAUACUUUCUCAGGUGCACAUCAUGUAUCCUGAUCCACCUCCAUGCUACGACGAAUGUGUGGGGCCAGGAGCGACACAAAUAUAUAUUCCCACAGAUGAUCCCCCCCCAUAUUCCCUUACGGACCCUUGCCAAAGAAAUGAAAUACCUAUAAAUAUCUGUGACAGCCAGGAAGAGGAAGCAGCAGCAGCAGCUGGGACUGCAGGACGGGCUGCACAUUCUGCAGUGAGGCUGCAGGACUUGCAGCAGCCCAGCUCGGCCAUCUCGGUGAUCUCCCAGUGCGGAGGCUGCUCCCCCAUCCGGGACAGUGGGGUGUGAGCACACCUGCUCCAACAGAAACAUGGAACAUUCUCCCACUGCCCAUCAGACCCCAAACCUUGUCAAUGAAAGUGGCUCCUUCCUUCAAUUCUUCUGAAGAAUUCAGACCAAUGGAAGAAUAAAACCUCUGGAAGUUUUACCAAUUUUCUAUCUUUAAACAGGGAUACAAUGGGAUUUUUUUUUACAAUGAAUUUUGCAAGUUUACCUAAAUUUCCCUGUUUGUGCUUCAAAGUGUUCCAUGACAUCACACAGCAUAAAAGAGCAGCAGACAUGCAGUGCAUCUGACCUUUUUGAAGCAUUGCAAAACCCAUUGAAAUCAGCCACUCAUAAAGAAGAUAAAUGUUAUCCAGUCAAGCCUACUUGUUGAUUUCAUGACACUUUGCAUGUUUUAGAACAGAAGGUAAAAGAAGAGCAUUUUGUUGUCAUUGUAGGUGUCACUAGUACAUCUCAUUCAGUGUAUUGAAAACAAAGCAUUUUU